AUGUUUCAAAACAGAAAAGUCCCAAACUAUAAAAGAGAGCAUCAUGGUAUUGUGUUAUGGGAUCUUCAAGUAGUAGCCCAGAGCCACAACACGUACCUGGUCAGCCUGCCGGUGCAGCUAACAGAGAAGGGGGACAGACAGAUCCGAAUCCAUGUAAUUACCAUUUGUGAAGUAGAUUUAAUAAAGAUGUCGAGUCAAAUGAAUGUUAACAUAAAACAUAUUCACUACCAUGAUUGUUACUCAAAGAAGAUUCGUUAUUCAAUAUUGAUGUGGAGUAGCAGUAUCUUUAGUAAUAUGAAGGUGAUUAUGUGGCGUGUACGCGGGUAUGUUCUCGUGUUAUAUUGCUUGAUUUUUUCCAUUUUUAUUUACGUAAUUACCAUUUACUCUUUUUCUCCGAGUUUUUGA